CGAUGAAGUUGUUUUACUAAAUUCUUUAUUAUUUUCAAAAUUAAAUUCAACAAAGACAAAGUACUUCGACAGAAAUAUUGCGUGAAAAAGCUUAAGUUUACGGACUAUUAUUUUAGUGUGGACGUUCUACAAGCUACACCGACUCAUUGAAUUUCUGCCAACUAUUUCAUCCCAAACUGAAAAGAAAUGACCUCGGUGACCGUGUCCAGGUCCCGUUUUUUACUGCAUUUUGCACACGAACAUUUAGAUUUCCGUCUACCAGAACUGCACUCGGUUGCAGAAAUUCUGGGAAUACCACUAAAGAUCAAGGAAUAUGAAAGACAAACUAAGAGUCCAUUUCUGAUAGUCGAGGUACCAUCUGAAGAUAAUGUGAAGCAGUUACUGAAGAGAACCAUGUUGGUUAGGUCAGCAUACGAACUGUGGGCCGAAGGGAAAACACUAGAAAGCCUCAAUGAACGACUCGCCAAGCUAAGUCCAGAAAUUACAGAACCAUACACAUCUGCAGACUCUACAUUUAAAAUUGUGGUAGAAGCAUUCAAUAAGAAAAUUCCUCCAAAAGAAAAGUUAGAGAAGAUUGAGUCCCUUCCUUGGACGGAAUUAGGAUUAAAAGGCAAAAUACGACUGGAGAAUCCUGACCACAGUUUCUACCUGUUGGAAUUUUAUGAAGAUGAAGCAGGAAGCCAUUCUGCGCUGGAACCAUCUUCUCUCUACUUUGGCCGAUUCAUUGCUGAAGGAAGCCGAGACCAAAUUCGACAUUACCACCUGCAGAACAGAUGCUUUAUAGGUAACACCAGCAUGGAUGCUGGGUUAUCCCUCAUAAUGGCUAACAUGGGGAAGGCGGCUCAAAACAAGCUGGUAUUCGAUCCUUUUGUUGGAACAGGAAGCUUAUUGGUGGCUUGUGCUCAUUUUGGCAGUUAUGUGAUGGGGGCUGACUUAGACUAUCUUCUUUUACAUGGCAAAGCUCGACCAUCUCGGCAUAAUCAAAAAACAAGGGAUUCAAACGAGAGCAUCCGAUCCAAUUUGAUCCAAUAUGGUGUCGGUCACCUGUACCUUGAUGCUAUCAUUGCUGAUUCUUCCAAACACAAACUCUGGCGUAAAAACGAAAUCUUUGAUGCCAUCAUCACAGACCCCCUUAUGGCAUUAGGGAACCUGCCAAAAAAAUCUCUCCAAAUAACAGAAGGGAACAGUCACCUGAAAGGUUCGUUGUUUUCCCCUUUUCUCAUUUGUCUUAGUUUUGUUGCCCAUUCUUUAUACCUGGCUGUGUGGUUAAGAUGCCAGAAUCACCUUCCAUUAAAGACUCACUACCAACUCUCAGACAUUUUCAAAGACCUGCUCAAUUUUGCUGCCAAACAUCUAGUCUUAAAUGGUCGUCUAGUUUACUGGUUCCCUGUUUACCGUUCCGAGUACCAAGAUGAGAACAUUCCGAUCCACCCAAACCUUGAACUGGUCGCUAACUCUGAACAACCGCUCUCGACAAAAGUGGGGCGACGUUUAAUUACCAUGCAAAAGAUCAAAAGCUACCAGGAAAAUUCUGAAGAAUCAGGAUCAGCUUCAGUGUUACUGGACCAUUAUGCAGAUUCAACUUUCCGACAGAAAUAUUUUGAACUAUAAUGAGUCCAAGAGAAAGAGAGACGCACAGACAUCCACUUCUUGAAUCAUGUAAUAAAAAACAUUCGGUUUUAUUUUUUUCUAAAGAAACUUCAAGCAGU